AUGAGCGCAGCUUCUCCCGCGCCCCAGAUUUAUGGCGGAGACGAAGUCUCUGCGGUCGUUCUUGACACGGGCUCCUGGACGACGCGUGCAGGCUUUGCAGGCGAAGACACGCCCAAGGCUGUAUUUAGCACGAGCUACGGACUACGCGAAGAACCCGAGGAAGAGUCCAAGGAAAAGAAAGAUGCUGAUGGAGAUACUGCUAUGGAAGAGAAACAAACAACUUCUGAGAAACGCAAACACUACUACAUUGGCGAAAACUCGCUGCACUUACCGCGUGCCAAUACUGAGAUUCAUAACCCCAUGCACGAGGGUGUUGUAAAAGAUUGGACAGCCAUGGAACAAAUUUGGGAUUACGCACUCAAUAAAUCUUUAGGUAUCGAUCCCACUGAACACCCACUGCUUGUAACAGAGCAGCCAUGGAACUCGCGUGCAAACCGUGCGUCGGCAAUGCAACUUGCCUUUGAAACAUUUUCAGUACCUGCUUUUUAUAUUGCAAAAACACCUGUUGCUGCGCUUUUUGCCAGUGGCAAAGGCACAGGUUUGGUGGUUGAUAUUGGACAUGAUGUUGUUUCAGUGACACCAGUGAUUGACGGUCUGCCGCUGUACCGGCCUGCUCGGCGGUCGCUUUACGCGUCUCGCUUUUUGUCAUUCGAACUUCAAAAUAUGCUCGAAACUCGCUACACGAGUUUCCCAGAUACCGCAUACGGACACAUUCCAACAGCUCUUAAAAGGCCACGUUAUAUGAUUUCCGCACGCAAAGUUCCCCUGCCAGUCAAUACCGCACCACCUGCAGGUGCUGUGAUUCUGCGAAACUUCCCCAACGUUUAUACCCCUGGGCCUGGUGUACCUACUGAGUCGUUUAGAGAUUUGGAGGUGGAAACACGCAUUGUGGAGGAAUACAAGCACACCAUGUGUCAGGUUGCAGAUACGCCAUUCAAGAAAGACAAUAAGGAGCUCGUUGACAGCGUUCCUGCACGGGUCUUUGAGUUCCCCGAUGGAUCGAACUUUGAGUUUGGGGCUCUUGAAAGAGUGGCUAUUACUGAAGCCCUUUUCAAUCCCAAGGCUGAUGAAUUUAAAAUGGAUAGAUUCCCUGUGCCUUCGAAAACAGAAGAACCGAUAGCAGAGGCAGCAGCAGCGGCGGCAGCGGUAGCGGCAGCAGCAGCAGCAGCAGCAGCAUCAACUACAAAAGAUAAAAAGGCAGAUGCAAAGGAACCCCACGAGUCAACAGCUGACCAGAAACCUGCAGAGCCAGCAGCCAAUGGCGCUUCUAAAGAACAAACUGCUGGUCAAGCGUCCGGUGCAACCAAUGGAGCUGCCAGUACUGGUACUGCUACCGGGACCACUGCUCCCGCAGCACCACCGGUACCUCCUCCCACUCCAGCAUACAUGUUGAACGAUGUUCGCCCGAUUCCACCGUUUAGUCGCACACUUGGUCUUUCGGACCUAAUUGUGUCUGCAAUUAAUGCGUGCGAUGUGGAUAUUCGACCGAAUCUUGCAAACAACAUUGUAAUCACAGGAGGUGGAUCAUUACUUCAGGGCUUGACGGACCGGGUAAACCAGGACCUGUCUCACGCGCUGGCCGGACUCAAGAUUCGAAUCUAUGCACCGGGCCACGUUACCGAACGGUCAUGUGCUGCAUGGGUCGGCGGUUCAAUUCUGGCGUCGCUAGGGACGUUCCACCAGCUGUGGGUGUCUAAGCGGGAAUACGAAGAAGUUGGACCUGACAAGCUUCUUGACCGUCGGUUUAGAUGA